AUGUCCGGGCUGCUCUACAUUACAGGGCCACCGACUGCAAACGACCGCCUGCUGCUCGCUGUGAUCCUUGUUGGCCACUUGCACCUCACUUCAGCCGCACCGUUGCCCAUAGUCGUCAGCGAUACCGGUGUCAUGUCGAACUACUCGGCCAGCGAGAUCGAUACCAGCUCGAUCCAGUCGCCGCGCUCCAUCAUCACCCUCGUUGUCUUUGUGCUGACCAACUGUGCCGUCUUGUUCCCCUUCCAUGUCCCCUUCCUUCUCCCACUAUGGGUCUGCAACGCCAUCCUCCGUGUCCUUGUCGCUUUGCGCAUUAUUUCACCGCCCAGACAUCGGCUGCAGAAGCGCUGGCAGUGCUUCAAGUUCCCCGUCAACUUUGUCACCGCGCCGCUGAUCGCCGACCUCUUCCUGCUCGCCAUCCUCGCCAUCGGUCGCGAUGAGGUCUAUGGCGGCACCAUCGGCUCCAACAACAUAUUCCCCAUCGAUAUCAUGGCAUUUUUUCUCACCCUCGCCUACGUCGCCAUCUCCAUUGACGCCUCCGGCCUCGUCCGCUACCUCGCCUUCAAGGUUCUCCAAAAGGGCGGCAAGGUCGGCCACCGCCUCUUCUUCUACCUCUACGUCUUCUUCUUCGGCCUCGGCAGCUUCAUCGGCAACGAUCCCAUCAUCCUCUCCGGCACCGCCUUCCUCGCCUACAUGACCCGCGUCUCCUCCAACAUCGUCCACCCGCGCGCCUGGAUCCACAGCCAAUUCGCCGUCGCCAACAUCGCCUCCGCCAUUCUGGUCUCGUCCAAUCCAACCAAUCUCGUGCUCGCCGGCGCCUUCCACCUGCGCUUCAUCGACUACACCGCCAACAUGAUUGUUCCUGUCCUGGUCACCGGCAUCGUACUGUUCCCCUUUCUUCUGUACAUUGUCUUCGCCGACGAGUCGCUCAUCCCGCUGUCCAUCACCAUGUACGAGCUCGACGAGGACGCCCGGUCCAAGAAGCCGGUCAACCCCAACAUUCCCAACGCCCGCGGAACCGCCAAAGACACCGAGACCCAACAGGCCAACGGCACUCCCAGCAAGCAGCUGUCGCUCGAGGAGAUCAUGAACCCCUUCCUCGACAAGGGCGGUGCCACCUUUGGCGCCAUCAUCAUGGCAGCCACCCUCAUCACUCUGCUCGUGCUCAACGCCACCAGCCAGAAAACGGGCGAGCAUCCCGUCUUUUACGUCACCCUGCCUGCCGCUUUUGUCAUGUUCUGCUGGGACCUCAGCUUCGGCUGGAUCCACCGCAAGGAGACCCGUGAACUCGCCGCCAAGGGCCGCGCUGAAAUCGCCGCUGCAGAGGAGGCCGCCCGCGAGGCUGAGCUGGCCAAGUUAACUUGGAACAAACUGGCCGAGCAAGGCUUGCUCGACGAAGCCACGCAUACCGUAAACCCAGAAACAGAAGCCUCAGGGCCACGCACGCUUGGCUCCCAAAACACUCCCGGCGCUGACUCGACUCUUUCGACAUCGCCAACACGCCCGCUUCAGUCCAUCAGCGGCGCGCUGAAAGCUGUCGGAAUCUACGUUACGAACGAGGACACCGCCGAUACGCUGACAAAAGGCAUUUGUCUGUCAAAUAGCGUGCGUGGAAAAGGAAAGGGUGCGGUUGUUAGCCAUGGAAAGGACGCGGACGGUAAGACUGUCGCUGGCAAUGGUCACGUGAUGACCAUGGGCCAUGAGGUCACCGACAUCGAUGCCGAGAAGCUCUCGAGCCCCAUUCUAAGCGGCAUGGACACCGAGAGACAAGACACGAGUCUAGACAGGAGCAGUCCAGGUCAAGCGCCGGCCACACUUGUCUCACUCUGUAAGAAGGCAUACGUCUGGUCCCAGGAGACCUUUCCGACCGUGACAACUGUGCUGGCGCACCUGCCCUUUGCGCUUGUGCCAUUUGCCCUCUCCAUGUUUGUGCUCGUGCAGGCACUCGUAAACAAGGGCUGGGUCGCCGUGUUCGCUUAUGGCUGGUAUCACUGGGUCGACAAGACGGGUACUGUCGGCAGUGUGGGUGGCAUGGGCUUCUUGUCCGUCAUCUUGUGUAAUUUCGCCGGCACCAACAUCGGCACAAGCAUCCUGCUCUCCCGCGUCAUCCAAGCUUGGGUAGAAAUCCACAAGAGCAAAAACCUGCCCAUCAGUGACCGCACCUUCUGGGCUGCCGUCUACAGCAUGGCCCUGGGUGUCAACUACGGCGCCUUUAGCGCCGCCUUCAGCGCCUCCCUCGCAGGCCUUUUGUGGCGCGACAUCCUCGCGCGCAAGCACAUCCGCGUGCCCAGCCUCGAGUUCGCACGUGUCAACCUGCCGAUCAUCACCAUCUCCAUGAUCGUCGGAUGCACCGUGCUCAUCGCAGAGAUCUAUAUAAUGCGAAACGACAAGCCUAUAAACUUCUCAAAACUGUGA